AUGACGUGUUUCGAGGACUCUAAAAAGAAGAUGGCAGUGUAUUAUUUGGACAAAGACGCGGCAGAAUGGUGGGAGAGUAGGGAUCACCAAGUAGGACAUCUGGUCACCACUUGGGCGGCAUUCAAAAAAGAAUUUGAAUGCAAGUAUUUCACCUCGGAGUCCAAGCGAAGGCUUCAACGUCAGUUUGCUAACCUAGUACAAGGAGACAAGACAGUUAGAGGAUAUGAAUCUGAGUUCAUGCGACUGCGACGACACGUGCUGCGAGGACCAGAUGAUGAAGAAACCAUGAUAUCUAACUUUAUGUUUGGUCUGAAACCAGAUUUGGAAAAUAGACUGGCAGUCGGGAACUACGAGAGUCUCACCGAGCUAGUGGAAAAGACUGUGAAUGUGGAGAUCGGAUCGGAAGCUGAAAAGGCGGCAAGUAAGAAAUCCAAGCAGCAUCAAGCAGGGAAGUAUGGUGGAAACCAAAGAUCUUUUAAGGGUAAAGAUAAGGAAAAGGAAUCAGAAGGGCCAAGUCGACGAUCUUUGUUCACAGGAAAAUGCUUUGACUGUGGCAAGACAGGCCAUAAGUCCACUACGCCAAUCACUGUCCAUCAUCCUACAACUCCACCUGCAAUCGCACCAGCGCCAAAAAGGCAAGCAAUAGGAGGUGGAGUUUACGCUUUAGAACUAGAGGAUACUAAACCUCCAGCCCCAUCUAAGGGUCCCAUCACAGGAACUUUACAUGUUGCGGGGCAUCCCACACAUGUAUUGUUCGACUCAUGGGAAACACAUAGCUUUGUGGCCCCUGAGGUAGCUGCCGAGUUUGUGGGUUCAUUUGUGAUUGACAGGGUGGAUGUGGCUGUGAUGACUCCCGGAGACCAAACCCUCCAAGCAAAAGAAUGCCUCAGAAGAGUUCCGUUAGUCAUUUGCGAGAAGAUGUUCUUGGCAGAUUUGUUGGUGGUGCCCUUAAAAGGAUAUGAAGUUAUCUUGGGCAUGGAUUGGUUAUCAGGCUAUCGGGCACAAUUAGAUUGUGGAAAAGGUCGUAUUUUGUUCAAGGAGAACGGGCAACGACAAAUUGGGUUUUACGGGAUCAGUCCAAGCAAGUCUGUGUCUUUAGUAGCUGCCUUGAGAGUGGAAGAUUUGCUUAAGGAUGGAGAAGCGUAUCUGGUAACAAUAACUGCUAGUGAAGGGCCCACUAGCAACGGAGUUGAAAUUACGGAUAUUGCGGUAGUACAAGAGUUCAAGGAUGUGUUUGAAACGUUGAAAGAGUUACCUCCACCUCAGAGUAACCCUUUCACAAUUAACUUGGAACCUGAAGCGAAGCCGAUAACAAAGGCUCCCUACCACAUGGCACCUGCGGAGUUUGCAGAGUUGAAGAAACAACUUGAAGAUAUAAUGGAGAAAGGUUUCAUAAGACCUAGCUCUUCACCAUGGGGAGCUCCG